AUGGACAUCUCCAUCAGCAUUGUGAUCUUUUUGAUCUUCUCCUACUGUGUCUGGGAUACAGAAAGUCGAAGUUUUAAUACAAUCCUAUCAGUGACAAAUGGAGGAAAGUGGGGUGAUUGGGGGAAAAAACAAUUCUGUUCUCAAGGACAUGCACAUUCAUUUUCAAUUAAGGUACAGGAAGAACAAGGUUUUGCAAGGGAUGAUACAGCUUUGAAUGGCAUCCGUCUUAACUGUGCAUCUGGGGAAGUAAUUCAGUCUACAGUUGGACCGAAUGGAAAGUGGUCAAAGAUUAUGAGUUGUCCCCAAGGCGCCCUGAUCUCUUUCAGUCUAAAUGUGGAAGCACCAGUGGGACCGGGUGAUGAUACAGCAGCCAACAACAUUCAAUUCAGCUGUCAAGAUGGGACUAUACUGAAGGGAACAGCAAAAGAAUGGGGCAAAUUUGGAGAAUGGAGUAAACGUUGCCCUGUUGGUGCGAUAUGCGGGAUUGAGACAAAGGUGGAAGGUGCACAGGGAGCAGGUGAUGAUACAGCACUUAAUGAUGUUCGGUUUUUCUGUUGCGAUUAA